GGUGAGCUACUCAGUGAUUGCUCUAUCGGUGUCUUUGGCGAUAUGUAGAAUGCUGCUGCCGGAUAUACUUUCCCUGGAGUUUCUUGCCGGCUGCUGUUCCCCUGUGUCUCGACGAUUGGGCAUGGGAGUAUCGCUGUAAUCGCAAAGCCACACAGAAGGCAAUGGAUUGACGGAUCCUUAUUAUACUGUUCUUUUCCUGCCGCUUCUUCUCCAAUUGUGGAGAAUUCCUGUCGACUGCCGAAAGCUAGCUCAUAGACUGAAGUUAUUCUGACGGGGUGAAGGUCAUGGCGCAAGCGAUCGGACCGGUGGGUGGCCUUUAUGGGCAGGUUGACCGAUCCACACUGUUCGCAGUACUCGAGCCGUCAGAGAAUGGCAGAGGCCACUGUCGUACUGAAGUAUGCGCGCGCUAUCAUCUCUUCUUCUCCUCCGCCGCCGCUAAGGCCUCCUCCUCUUCGCUGGUGACCAUCUCUGCAAGCACUGUCUCGUCUCUUACUGGUGGUGACACUCGUGGUGCCGUAAGCAAAGGAAAGCUUGGGUCAGCGCAUGCGGCGCUGGCAUAUUAUUCGCAUCAUCAGGCUGUUCGGAAUAUUGAUCACGACUCCUGCACGUGCUGCUUGGGAGUGUUUACCGAAUUUUGCGCUCGCUGUUGCCGCCAUCCCUUUCAUUAUGGAGGGCGGAGGGCAGUUGGCUGCAGUAACUACGAAGUGUCCGUCAACCCGCUCUCCUCAAAUUGGCGCCAUGCCAAUGGCGGCGCGCGGGAAAUCGGCCUAUUAAGGAGUAAUGAAAGGCCUGGGCUGAAGAGUGCCAAUAGGGAUCAUCGGUCAUCAAAGACGCAGGAAAUCGUGAGUUCUGGUGAUCUGGAGCCUGAGGAAAUCGCCUGGGACAAAAGCCUUGCCAAUAGCGUGCAUCUGAUUGGUCGGGCUGGGCAUGACGUGGAUAUCAAGUAUCUGGACACGGGGAAGAUCGUGGCUAAUCUACGGCUGGCAGUGAAGCGACUGGGCGCGCCUGGUCAGAAUCCGGAACCGGAUUGGGUGGUGUUGGAGCUUUGGGGUGAUUUGGCAGAAACGGCCGCUAAUUUCGUUCAGAAGGGUCGCGUCAUCUAUGUCAGCGGGAGGUUGGCGGUCGACACGUGGACGGACAGAGACACAGGGAAGAAGCAGUAUGCCACGAAAGUGGUUGUCAGCGCUCUGAAGUUCAUAGCAGCCUCUUCGGAUUCCACGUCGAGAGAAGAUGGAGUAAGACGAAGCUCAGGAAUGAUGGGUGGUACAAGAACGCUGAUGCCGAGUUCUCCUAUGUCGGAAGCAGGAGCGGGAGCUGGUUAUUCGUCCCUGUCGUCGUUGCCGCUCUCCUCUCCCUCUUCGGUAUCGUCCCCGGCCAAGUCUGGCAGUCGCUGGCAAGGAGGGGGUUGGUCCUCUGCCUCUCCUUCUUCCCCUUCCCCUUCUGUGAGCGCGUCCUCUUCUUCCACCUCGACUUGGUCGGCCAUGGCUUCCGCUCAGGAGCAGCAGUGGAAAACGUUUUUCGCCGAUCCUGACUCGUGGUGGGACAAUCGGAUUGGCAAGAGGAACCCUCGAGCUCCUGACUUCAAGCACAAAGAGACGAAGCAAAGCUUGUGGUUGGGAGGUAGAGGUACCCCUGCUUGGGUAGCAGAUCGAGUAGCGGCGUGGGAUAGAGCGAAAGAAGAUGCAAGCGUUGCCAAUAGGGAAGCAGGAGUUGCGGCAGGUGGGGGAUUGUACAAAGAGUUGCACGAAACGGAAGUCGCAGAUGGCAGGGAAGGAGUGGAGGAAGAAGAUGGCGAUGACGACGAGUUGCCUUCUUCGGAGGAUGAAGGUUUACUGGGCGGCGGCAUGAGGAAGUGGGAGAGAAAGAUGGAAUACAACGCUGUCAGCAACGGUGGUCCGCUUGUGGAAAGGGGAAGAGGUCAUGGGCUCUUCAGCGAUCAGGACUUCGACGACAUUGCUUUUUGAUUUUGACGUGUGCCGUUCCACCAUGACUUUGUUUCUCUCUCUCUCUCUCUCUCUCUAUUUUCUCUCUCCCUCUCAGCUCCCCCAUUUUCCGGACUCGUCAUCACCAUCCAUCUUUCUCUCUGAGGCCAUAUUAUUGCCCUGCCUUGAACAGCUGGAGUUGAGGAUGAGGAGGGGCGCAGGGAAGUGUGCCGUGUUGGAGGCUUAGGAACGGAGAUGACGCGGGGCUUUCUUCAUCCUUCGUCCUGAAGAACCUUUUGCCUGGUGUUGUUCGCUGUCGUCAUUUCUAAAAUGAAUGGGUGCCGGAGAGCGAGUGAACAGCAAAGUUUGCGGUGAGCCGAAGGUAAGCAAAACGCGCCGAUGAAGAAGUUCAAUAAUCAUUGUUUUUGCGCUCUGUUGCAUCUGUCACCCGGUUUUGUCGAAUGGGAACUGUUGGGCUGCCGGUCACGUGCUUGGUCUUGUGUUUGUGGGCUGUUUGGGUGAUUGUACAGAGGCUCGGCGGCCACCGAAGCUUCGGAUGUUAUUCUCUUCGUGUGUGGCUUGCUUCGACCGAUGGGCGAAGGGAGGGAGUUAGAAGGGAACGGGAGGAGGCGACUGAUGGUGAUGUGGGAGGAGGGAGUCGAGGGGAGAGGUGUGAGGAGGUCCCGUAUUCCUCUGUUCUCAGAUGUAGAAGAGCACGGACGGACGGACGUGGGAGAGAGGAAGGAGCAUUGGGAGGGGGAAGAGUAGGCAACGACAGGGGGAGCAAGGAAGAGAAGACGGUACGUAGUGAAAGACAUGGUGGGACCUUAGAUGUUCGUGGAUGGAUAGAAACCCGGCGCUAGUGGAGGCAGGAGGGAGGGGGAGGAUAGAGGAGGUAUGGAGUGAAACGGAGCAAGCAGGAAUGAAGAGGUACGGGGAGAAUGAAACCAGAGAGGGAGAGGAUAGAGGGAGGGAGUGGGAAUGGAGGGCAAGAGGAGAGGUAGAGAUGGGGAGGAGGGGAAAAUUCGAUGGAUGGAGUACAGAGACGGAGAGGACCAGCCAUGUUCUUUUGAAGUACAGAGACGGAGAGGACGAGCCAUGUUCUUUUGGAGUACAGAGACGGAGAGGACGAGCCAUGUUCUUUUACAGGCCCUUCCUGGCAAGCUUUUCCCGAGAGGUCGGCAGGAAGCCAGGCAAAGACGUGAUUGAACGCAUAAGGAGAAAAGGGGAAGGAUAAAAGGAAGGAAUUAGGAGAGGGAGGUGGGGAGUGGGGGGAAACGAGUAGGCGUAGAGAAAGGAGGUGGUGAAGACGAAUGAAGGCCUUAUUGCUUUCUUGAUCAGAAGAAAGAAGAGGUGAAAAAGACGGACCUUCGGAGGGGUUCUCGCGGCCUCCUAGACCUAAGAACCCUCUUCCUGGCUGUCUCGUCUUUCUCCCCAAGCCACUGACACCACAAUCUGCGGACGAGGUAAUGUGUAGGAGGAAGAGGGAGUGAGAGAGGCGGGCAUGGGACGAGAGAGGAGAGAGAAGAAGUGAAGGCGAUUGGCGGAAUCUGGGAUUGUGUCAGUUUGAGGAAGCACAAGUGCACCCGGAAGUUGUGUUUGAUUUUUCCCCUUCCCCAUUUCUCGUUCUCAGAAUCCAUUCUUCUUGCCUGUCUUGCCCCGUCCCCCACUGCCAGUGCGGCUGUAUUUUCUAGAGGGUACUGGCAGUGCGGCUGUAUAUUCUAGAGGGUACUGGUUGGCUUACUGUAGCAGUUUAGUAUUAGAUAAAUAGUGAAGCGAGUGCUCAUCUUCGUCUUCCCCUCCCCUCGCCCCGGUUAUUCACCCUCUGGCAUAUCGCGGUGUCCGGUCGACGCUGUGCUUACAUAUCUACUUGGUACAUACUGGGAGUAGUGAUGCUGGUGAUGAUCCGUUGUACAACAUCCUUUUUCGAUGUGGAAUAGAAAAACGUUUUUGAAAGGAAAUAGGAAAGUCAAAAUGAAAAGAGUCCUGAAAC